AUGGCAAACGACCGAGAAGUCUUAAGAGAAAUAUGGGAUGGAAAGUUGCCGAUAUGCUUUCAAUUAGACCAAGAAGAAAUCAUGGAUAUACAACAGCCUGAUCCAUUCUAUGUCAUGGUACCGCGACUGAGUUACUUUCCACUUGUUAUAGACAAGAUGAAGAGACAUUUCUUACGUUUUAUAUCCCAAGAAAAUGCCGAUAACGAAAUGUGGUUGGACUACAAUGGGCAGCCUCUUAAAUGGCACUAUCCAAUUGGAUUUCUUUAUGACCUUUUCUGUGGGAAUGAUCCUCAACUGCCAUGGAACUUAACUGUACAUUUUACAAAGUUUCCAGAACACAUCCUCCUUCACUGUUCAAACAAGGAUAUAGUUGAAGCACACUUCAUGUCUACUGUUAAAGAGGCUGAUGUUCUUAAACAUAGAGGACAAGUGAUGUCUACAAUGCAAAAGAAAGAUCACAACCAACUGUGGUUGGGUUUACAAAACGAUAAGUUUGAUCAAUUUUGGGCUAUAAAUAGAAGACUGAUGGAAUCACACGGUGAUAACGAAGGAUUCAAACAUAUUCCCAUAAGGAUAUAUUCAGAUGAUGGCAUUUGUAGACAAAGAUUAAUCAGCCCAAGGAAUAGUGAUGGAAGUCGGAAGAUCAUCCAACAAUUAAUAUCAGAAUUAUAUCCUGAUAAGCCUGAUGUUAAACUAAGGACCCAUGGGAUACUGCUACCUGCGGACACACCUCUUCAAUGGCUUUCUGAACACAUGAGCUAUCCAGACAAUUUCUUACAUAUUUGCUUGUGCUGA